UGUUUAGCUACAUUUUUGGCAUGUAUGGCACUAGUUGAUAAAAAAUAAAAAAUAAAAAGAUUAGAACAUCCAAAAUAUAAAACAAGCUACAAAAAGGACAGAAGAAGAAGAAGAAGGGAAUUUGAUACUUCAGAGUUUGGCUCAGAACCCCAUGUUCUGGCUCACUCUCCUUCUACCAAAAUCACCACUAUUGUUGUGGGGGGAAAAUGCUAGUCUCUGCCAAAAGGACCAAGAACAAAACUUGGGUCUUGUUCUAACGUCUCUGAAGAACGUUUAUCAAUCUCUUAACAGAUGGGGUUUGGAGAAUAACAUCAAAGUCUCUGCUGCGUUGGAUUCAGAAUGUUUAAGGGAUGAUUUGGGAGAGAAAAUCAUCAAACCUCUGUUGGAGCUUUCUGGUGUUCUUCCUACUCCGUCCAUCUUCCUCCACGUUUCUCUCCUUUUUGGAGGGAAGCUCGAGUUCCAAGAUUUCAUCAAAAAGUUUGGAUCUGUUGAGCCAGCUAGGCCAAGUCCAUUAGCUGAAAUCUCUCCUUCUUCCAUCCAUUCCUCCGUUGAAUUCUCCGUGUCAGCCAACGCAGGCCGAACCCCUCAUCCCCCACCUCCCCUUUCCCUCCCUGUCUCUUCUCCACCGCCUCUGCCCCUCUCCCACUGCACCAAGGCUGCCUCUGCUGUUACCACGGCACCUGCGCUGGAGAUGGAGAUGAUGCAGAAGCUAUGGUGUGUGACUAAACCUAGUGUUCCUGCAGAGACCCCACAAGAGGCAAUGGACCAUGCCUGUGGUGAGUGUGGUGCUGAUUGUCAAGAGAUUAUGCCAAAUGGGAGCUGUUUCGACCCUGACACUGUUGUUGCUCAUGUUCCUAUGCUUCCAAUAGCUAUUGGCAGAAAACCAAGAGAAAUGAAAGAACUUGCAGUUUUAGGGGCAAUGCUAUGAUCAUCAAUGCUAACCCAAGUAAAUCUCAUCACUCUCUUUCAAUUUUUAUACCAUGUUCCCAACAAUUUUGAGUUAAAAGAAUUUGAUUUUGGUCCUUAAUGUCUUUUGUCUUGUCAAAUUGAAUGUUUUGACCCAGUGUGUAGAAAAUUGAAUGAUUAUUGCAGGUUUUCUGCAUUGUAGGUUUGUUCUAAGCUGAAGGUAAUUGAAGUGAAUCAAUGCAAUGGAAAACGGAGGGGCUUUUGUUUUUGCUGCAAGGUACUAAGAUUUGUGUGCUCUGAUUGCAAGGUAAACCUGUUUACUUGUCAUUUUAUUCAGAGUGAUUACUUUAGAGGUGGAUUGCAUUUAGGAAGUAGGAUUGGAAAUUUUGCUUUUCCCUAAUAUGAUAAAAAGAGAGAAUUCAGUACUAGCUUUUUACUUGUAUGCAGAGAUACAUACUUUUGGUUUAAUUGAUCAGUUGCUUUUAUUCUUCAUCUUUUAGCUAUGGGAUUUUGCAGAUAUGUAGGUUUGAAUGACAUAAAUAAAUGAACAAACAACAGUUUUUCUUGAGGAUUUGGAAUUCAUGAUGCCUACAAAUGAAUUUAUGUUCUCAUA